CGUACUCGGGCGAGAACACAUUCGGCGAGGCCAUCUAGGGAGCUCACUCUAUCCCGCAUCCCCUUAUCUAUCGGUUAUCAAGGCCGCGGCGAACUCACGGGCGUUAUCGGAUCACGGGUUUCUUCAUUAUUUCAUGGCAACACUACACGGGCUGGGUGAUGAAUCGGUAUUCUUGAUGGGCGAUUUGGCGCGACGGCAGACUCCUCAGCACUCAGCACUAGGCAAACAUCAUCUGAGAAUGAGGCGGAUCAAGCACAAGACAGCAAGAAUGCACUCCGCUGGAGAUGGAGCUCCACGGAUAUCAUGGGUGGCGGCCGGACAGAUUGGCUUCUUCUUUUGCGCUGUACCUGUAGCUUGGUCAUCAUAUUGCAGCCCAAAUGCACCGGACUUAAUCCAAGACCAGCAUCUUCACAUGACCCCAUCUGUGACGUCUCGCAUCUAUCUCGUGAAGCGCUAUCUGUACCUGACAAGGCAGCGUGACUUGCGGCUCCUCCGGGCUGAAACCCAUGACGCCAUCACCCGCCUCACUAGACGUCUAACCGCCUCAAUACAACCAGCUGCAUGCAGACCAGAUGCACAACAUAGAUAAUAAAAACGACAAGAACUAUCCUGGCACCUUCUGAAACCGUGACAUGCUUUCCAAGCGGCUUUCGACGCGUGCUUGCCCAAGUAGUCCGCAUGGCGCGACCGCGGACGUGGGGAAGCUCCAGGCCGGCGGCAGGCACGGAC